GUACCAGUAAGACAAGAACACAAGAAGCCUAAAUAAGUUAACAAGAAAAAUAUACAAGAUGAAUUUUAUCAAUAUCCUUAAAGCUGUCGGACUAUUCAUCUGCUACAGUAUCAUAUCUGUCAAAAGUGCCCCCACAUGUACAGAUCCAUCAAAUUUACAGACCCGAUUCAAUAGUUUAAAUGGAGGUAUAGAUUACAGAUCAUUAUUUUUCACGGAAGGUUGGACACAGAACACACUAGAAGCUGACUUCGGUCAACUUGUAUAUUUUGGUAUAGAUAAAGCUCAAAGCAGCUGUCCUUCAACAUUUUUAAAGGGAUCUAAUCUUCCUUUAAUGGUACGUACAUCAUGCCCUUGGUAUUUAGAGAAGACUCCAUACAGCGCUGAAACAUUCCCCCAUGAAAUCUAUAGAGCUAGCACUAAAUGUACCAAGUGUAUUGAUGCUUCCGGGGAUCAAAAAUGUUCACCAAUUCAACAGAAAAUCCAAGUAUUAAAAAGAGCAGGUUGUGCAAAUGGAUAUUAUAAAUAUGAAGUAACUGAAACUUAUAUUCCAGUAGCCUAUGUAUGUGAACAGCCAAGAGAAGUCGUUAAUGAUGUACAAAUAACCACUGCUCGUCCACCAGCUGACGGACCAGAGGAAAUGUAAGGUCUUUGAUUUCCGACACAUCCUUUCCAGAGUAACUGGAACAAGCAUUGUAAUGUCCUAUGGACAUAUAUGAACAUGGUUGUAUAUUUAUGAUAUUAAAUUAAAAAUACUCAAACCAACGGUUACAUGAGUGCAAUUUCCGUCCGCAAUCAAACAGUCUCGAACUGAAGCUAGUCACUGCCUUUGUGUGUAUAUAUGAUUGUAUUUAUUUCCGUGAACUUGAUACUGAUAAUGUUUUAAGACAUUCCGUUUGAUAUUAUGUGAAAGUGUGUGAGAUUGUGAGUGUGUGUAUUGUGUGUAAUUUUUUUUAUUGUUUUUGCUCUGUUAAAAUAAAAUUUGUUAAUGUAUAAAAUUUGUUUUAAGGGUUUUUUAUGUUUUUUAUGUUUUUAAAUGAUUCUUUACAUGUAUUUUUAUUUAACGUUUGUGUAAAUAGUUAUUUAAAUAUACAUGUUUGAUGUUCGAAUUGUAGUUUAAUGAAACAGGGUUGUAUUCGUUUAUCAAAGUCGUAGUUAAAAGGUGAAUGUGUAGUUAAGAAUAUUUUAGAUUUGCUCAGAUUUUCUUAUUGAAUCUUUACAUACAUUUUACAAUGUAUUGUUUUUAUGCUUUGUUGCAAUU